GCGAGCUUCUGGAAGCAGCUCUGCUCUCGCGCCUCCCCCCGCAGCACGGCGCGCGCUUGAGCCCGUCCUGUCCGUUUAAACCGCGAGGAGCACCCACACCGACUUCCCAAUGCAAAAAUAAAUAAAUAAAGGAGUAGCAGGCUCGGAGCAGGAGCGCGAGGGGGAACGGACGGAGGUGUAAAUAGGGAAGAAAAAAAAAAAAGGAAGGCGAGUGGGCUCGCGGUCGCUUUCUAUCUCUCCCUCUCUCUUUUGGUCUCUCUUCAUCUUUCUUGGUCUCUCUCGCUUUCACUCCCCCCUCUCUCUCUAUCUCUCUUUUUCUUUCUUUCUUCCCUUUUAUUUAUUUAUUUUUUUACGAAAGUGAAUGAGUGAAUUAUUAUUGAACGGGAGCCUCGCUCGUGCGCGCACCAUCAUCAUCAUCAUCACCACCACUACUACAACCCCCACCACCACCACCACCACUACUUCUUCACGCUGCUUUUACCGGGACGAGCGGGAAGCGCGGAAAGCACGGAAAGCACGAAGAGAGGGGAGAGAGUGAAGCAAAGAGCAGGGCAAGGAAAAGCAAGAGCGCGAGAGCGUGAGAGCGCGUGCGUGAGGUGUAACUUAUUCCAUGGUACGUCUGUGCCGUGUGUGUGCGCGUUUGCUUGUGCCUGUGUCUGCGUGUGCGUGUGUGUGUUUAUGAGUGCGUAAAUAUUUGCCUUAAAAAAAAACUCACUCGCUCGCGCGCACUCUCAUUCUCAUUCUUCAUCCACAUCCCACCUCCUCCACCACCACCACCUCCUCACCUUCCCUCGUGUGUUUUGUGUGUGUGUGCGUCUCUCUAUCUGUGUGCGUGUGUGUGUGUGCGUGCAUGUGUGUGUGCGUCCGCGUGUGUAUGUGUGCACGCGCGCGUGUGUGAUCGUCCCGGCUCCUCCAGAGGACCCCUCAAGCCACCAGUGCCGCGCAAGACCGCUGAGCUAAAAGCUCGGGCACCCGCCUCCCCUCCCCUUCCCUCUUUCUCCUCCUCUUUCUCCUCCUCCUCCUCUUCAUACUCCUCCUCCUCUUCCUCCUCCUCCUCCUGCUCCUGCUCCCGCGCCGCAGAAAGAGCAGAAGAGAUGGCAACUUUGGCGAACGGGCAGGCGGACGGCACGAGCGGGCUGGUGAACGGACUAAGCCACACGCACGUUCCCGCGAGCUGCGCCACCAUCCCCAUGAAGGACCACGACGCCAUCAAGCUCUUCGUGGGACAGAUCCCGCGCAACCUGGAUGAGAAGGACCUGCGGCCGCUCUUCGAGGAGUUCGGCAAGAUCUACGAGCUCACCGUGCUGAAGGAUCGCUUCACGGGCAUGCACAAAGGCUGUGCCUUCCUCACAUACUGUGCCAGAGAGUCGGCGCUGAAAGCUCAGACUGCCCUCCACGAGCAGAAGACAUUGCCUGGGAUGAACAGGCCGAUCCAGGUGAAGCCCGCCGACAGCGAGAGCAGAGGAGAAGAUAGAAAACUCUUCGUGGGCAUGCUGAACAAGCAGCAGUGUGAGGACGACGUGCGGCGGCUGUUCGAAUCCUUCGGCAGCAUCGAGGAGUGCACCAUCCUCAGAGGCCCUGACGGAAACAGCAAAGGUUGUGCGUUUGUGAAGUACUCGUCUCACGCUGAGGCUCAGGCAGCCAUCAGUGGGCUACACGGCAGUCAGACCAUGCCUGGGGCCUCCUCUAGUCUGGUGGUGAAGUUUGCAGACACAGAUAAAGAACGCACCAUUCGGCGCAUGCAGCAGAUGGCUGGUCAGAUGGGCAUCUUCAAUCCAAUGGCCCUGCAGUUUGGAGCGUAUGGAGCCUACGCACAGGUGCAGCAGCAGGCAGCAUUGAUGGCGUCUGUGGGACAGGGGGGUUAUCUCAGUCCAAUGGCUGCAUUCGCUGCAGCACAGAUGCAGCACAUGGCAACCAUCAAUGGCCUGCCUGGAGCACCAAUGACUCCAACGUCAGGAGGAAGUACGCCCCCUGGCAUCACUGCACCCACAGUGACCAGCAUCCCCUCACCAAUCAGCGUCAACGGCUUCACCGGACUGCCCCCUCCUCAGGCCAAUGGGCAGCCGCCUGCAGAGGCAGUCUUCACCAAUGGGAUCCAUCCGUACCCAGUCCUGCAGGAGGUGGUUUUUAGGGAAGACUCGGAGAAGGGCGGAUUGGGCGUGGCUCAGCGGAGUUGUUUUGGGGUUCAGGGAAGCUGCUUCCUCUCUUCUCUCUCUGAAGCCCAGAGUCCCACAGCAGCUGAUCCUCUUCAGCAGGCUUAUGCAGGAGUCCAGCAGUAUGCAGCAGCCUACCCAGCUGCAUAUGGACAGAUCAGCCAGGCCUUUCCACAGCCUCCUCCCAUCAUCCCCCAGCAGCAGAGAGAAGGGCCGGAGGGUUGCAACCUGUUCAUCUACCACCUCCCUCAGGAGUUUGGGGAUGGCGAGCUGAUGCAGAUGUUCCUGCCUUUCGGUAAUGUCAUCUCCUCCAAAGUGUUUGUGGAUCGGGCGACAAACCAAAGUAAAUGCUUUGGCUUUGUGAGCUUCGAUAACCCAGGCAGUGCCCAGGCUGCCAUCCAGUCCAUGAAUGGCUUCCAGAUCGGCAUGAAGAGACUCAAAGUGCAGCUCAAGCGGCCAAAGGAUGCCAACCGCCCGUAUUAGCCCCGCCCCCACACACCCCUCACCCUGGGGGUGAAGGCCACUGCAGCACACAGGGAAUUACAGGUUUUGUAGAGUUGGAACACAUGCGGACAACAUGAAUAACGUUAACGAAACACAAAAGAAACUCAAAAAGGACACAAAGGGAGGCACGGCUGGAUCGGACGAGUGGCGAGAAGUGUGUCGGACAUGUGAGGAGGCCGUGGGCGCAUGACACACCGCCACUGUGACGCUCAGUGGACCUUUAGGACCUCAUUGGACACUCAGGAGAGCAGCCGCCACCGCCGCGUUCCACAACCAUAUCGAACUAUCAGACUAUCGGACCACCGGAUCGAGUCUCCACAGCCUGCCUGAUUAUAGGAGCCCUUCUCUCUUCUCUUCUAUAGAAGCGUAUGGAACUUCGGAGGAACACGGAUCAUACAGGACUACAAAAAAAAAAAAGACAAGAUAAUAAAAGACCAACAAGGUAUAAACAACUUAAAAGACAUAAAGAGCAGUGUAAACCCUUUGGAAGAGCCUCAGAAGAAACUCUCAGACAUUAAAAGAAAGAAAACACUUUUGAAACCAAGAACUUUUAAGGGAAGGGGGGGAGGGGUCAUGUAAUAAGGGACUCGGACUCGUCCUCUUUGAGGAAACUUUUUGAAAAGAACUGUUUUAGAGGAGAACAACAACAACAAAAAAAAAAAGCAUACAACAAACUUUUUGGACGAGAGAAACUUUUGAAAGGAUGUGACGCUUCAGGACACAAAGCUUGCUGUGGUUGGGUGGGGGGGGGUG